AUGAAACUGGUGGCUGAUCGGAUGGCAGUUGAUCUGUUCGCCGAGCUUGGCAAUUGGCUUGCAAACGUUUCGUCCCCAGUCGAGGAGACCUCGUCGGUGCGCAUGAAUGAAACUGAAAUAAAGGGAAAGCUUCGGGAUAGUGGAUAUCCAGCUAGGCGUCAAUUACGAAGAAUGUUGGUACCAGUGGCGAAAAUACAACAGGGAAUGGAAUGGAAUAACGUUCCAAAAGAGAAACACUCUGCACUGGUGCAGUUGAAAGAUCACCCCCCGUCGAACAGAAACAGGGACUGUGCCUACAAAAUUAAAUACAGCGACUGCGGUAGGGUCUGUACAGGACAGACGGUCGGGGAACUUCAAACCAGAAUCGGACAGCACAGAAGGAAAUCAAACAGGUCACCUAGGGGUCCAUAUGAAUAUCGAGCAUUAUUGAAAGACGCAGCAUUGAUGGAACGUGAACUGGAUACGGGCAGAAAACAGAUUUAG